AUGGUUCGAGGUUCAGACAUCAUCUUAAUUUUGGUCGCUAUCAUCUUCCCUCCUCUCGCAGCAGCGAUGAUCACUGGAUGUAGUUGCGACCUACUCAUCAAUAUCUUAUUGACUUUUUUGGGUUACUUGCCCGGUCAUUUACAUGCUUUCUGGUUGAUCUACAAGAAAAUCAAAGCAGAGGAAUCUUUCGGUCCAGGAGGAUACACAUACCUUGGUAACGGCAACUUUGUAGGAAAUGGACCUGGUGUCGUCGGAGCUCCUCCACCUCCUCAUGGACAUCAACAACAAUAUUACGGUUCCACUCAGUAA